GAGGGAGGCAAGUGUAAGCCAGUCACAGCAUCUCUCCUUCUCACUGCACCAGGGCUGAGGGAGUCUUCGUCCCUUUGCUUCCCCCGCUGCAGAUUUUACUCAUUUCCAUCAGCGCAGUCAUCUUUUUUUCUCCUGCUUUUUACUUGCUUUUGACAGAUGCAUUGCUUUCAUCUCUUUCUGUGUGCCAAGAUCUGAGGAUUUAUCUGCUAACAACAUGGGUUGCCCUGUUUAACGGAAUUAAAAUGCGGACGCUUGCAGAGGACAGUGCUUAAGACUGGGACUCCAACCGAGACUUGUUCUUUUCUUUAUGUUGCUUGAGUGGAUUCCCCUUUUGUUGCAAUGCCGGUAUUUUGUACAAGGCAACAGACACACUGAGAGAGGAGUUUAAAACAAGGCUAUACUUAGCUUCAAUAGUUAAUACUUGAAUUGACUAAUUCAAGUUAGAAAGUCUAUGAUCGCACUAGGCACUUGAGGAGAAGUUGCUAAAUCUCUUCCUGCGGAUUCUUCAGAAGGUCACAGCAAAAAUGCUAAUAAGUUGAUGGGAUAAAUAAGUGGAUUGCUGAAUGAUCCCCACACCCCUCUCUGCAAGUGUCUGCCACAGGAUUGCUGAGGAGCCAAAGUGAGUGGAGCGCUGAGUUAUUCAGCCGGCCUCUUAUUGCUCCUGGAGAGUCCUUUCACCUGCCUCCACGGAACUCAGACAUUCAACGCUUUCAUCAACUACUGGCCUUUUACAUUUGUUUAUCUUUUGCAAAUUGCAGUCCAGAACACUGAGAGGCAAGUUUGCACAUUUGGAUUCAAACUUUACAUCACUUUAAUGGCAGUACUCAUCCAGACAUUUUGAUGCGCUUGGUUGUUACCUUAUUCUGCCUGAGGAUGCCUUGUAAACACAUUUCCCCCCAGCGCCAUGUGUGUUGAGAGAGCUGUGACAUUAUCUCCUGCGGAGAUCCCCUUGUUGUUCUAGCCUGUGUCUGUGUUUUGAUUCAGACAAUAGCUGGACAUUCAUGGGCUCCAGACACUGACCAGCGGACCACCAAAAUAAGGGAAGCCUGCUGUAACAUAGUAAACACACGAGCACAUUGAAACUUUGGAUGUAAGAGAUGGAUGUAAUUACACACCAAGAGAGACUCUCCUAAGAAGCUUUUUCUCUCCCCAGGAAGUAGUUGCUUAAAUGUAUUUUUUGAAAGGUAAUUGCACACUGUAAAUUUGAUCUGAUGUUCUCCUCCCUCGAAUCUUCUGUGUUUUCUGCCCUUGUGAGGACAGUUUAUGCUGUGAGUCUCCCGAUGGCAACCCUCAUUAAAAUCAGGAGAUGAGGCCACUGACUGGCAGGCAAAGCAGCCGGGAAACUCGCCUUUGGGAUAGAUGCUGGCCACAGCACAAUCGCUACUCUGCCUUAGGUUUACUGAAGGAAUACAGCUUUUUUUCCCCUCUCACUCCUGACUGUUACCCACCCACUACUUUCACUAACCAUGAGUGAUUGGACAAGGAGAGCCGAAUGGCUUGUCCUACUAUUCCAUAGCCUUUAUUGAUUUUCCUCAAGUCAGUGUUCAUUUGAUUGAGACCCAGCUAUGUGAGUGUACGGUGAAAGAGAGAAUGAGUGGAGAGUAUUGAGCUCCGCGGUUGCAGAUGCCCAGUAAAGAGCGGGAGGAGGCAGGCAGUUCUCCAGUUUCAGGCCAGCUGCCGUAUGGGUGGCACACCACAAACCUGACCCACCUGGAUAGCACCCAGAACAAUGAACCAGUCUGAACUGACAACGGACCCGGUGCUCACUGCCAACAGCAGCCAUGGAGACUUCUUUCAUGGACGGACCUCCAACCACUCUUGUCCCUUGGGCUGGGGGCUAAAUGAAGGCCUAGAGACUUGCGUCCUGGAGACUGCUGUCAUUGUACUUCUGACAGUGCUCAUUAUUGCAGGGAACCUGACAGUGAUCUUUGUGUUCCACUGCGCCCCCCUACUACAUCAUUACACUACCAGCUACUUCAUCCAGACAAUGGCGUACGCCGAUCUGCUGGUGGGUCUUAGUUGCCUGGUGCCCACCCUGUCUCUGCUCCACUACCCAGCAGGUGUCCAGGAGCCCAUCACGUGCCAGGUUUUCAGCUAUGUUAUUUCUGUGCUGAAGAGUGUUUCGAUGGCCUGCUUGGCUUGCAUCAGCGUGGACCGCUACUUGGCCAUUACAAAACCACUAUCUUACAACCAGCUGGUGACACCAUGUCGGUUACGAGGCUGCAUCACCCUCAUCUGUGUCUACUCGAGUCUGGUUUUCCUGCCCUCCUUCUUCGGGUGGGGUAAGCCAGGAUAUCAUGGGGACAUUUUUGAGUGGUGUGCUCACUCUUGGCCAACUUCUGCCCUUUUUACAGGCUUUGUAGUGUGCCUGCUCUAUGCACCUGCUGCACUUGUUGUCUGUUUCACUUAUUACCACAUAUUUCGCAUUUGCCAGCAGCACAAUAGGGAGAUCAGUGAACGACGAGCACGUUUUCCCAGCCAGGAGAUGGAGGCUGGUGAGGGGGGUGGCAGCAGUGGGCAUCAGGGAGGGCACGGACCAGAUCGACGCUAUGCGAUGGUGCUCUUCCGCAUCACCAGUGUUUUCUAUAUGCUUUGGCUGCCCUACAUCAUCUACUUCAUGUUAGAGAGCUCCCAUGUGCUGGACAGUCCUGCCCUUUCCUUCAUCACCACCUGGCUGGCCAUUAGCAACAGCUUUUGCAACUGUGUUAUCUACAGCCUCUCUAAUAGUGUUUUCCGCCUGGGCAUGCGUAGACUCUCGCAGACAAUUUGCUCUUUCAGCCACUGUGCAGCCGAUGACAGGGAUUUUGUGGAGGCUAAACCAAGGAAGAGGGCAAACUCCUGCUCCAUCUGAAGGUGUGACUUCUACAGGACGAGAACUCUCCUGGAAUCUAUCAGUGGGAAAUCUUAACAGGCUUAGCAGCUUGUUAACUUUCGGUAAAACUGGCAGAAACUAAACAGAAUACUUUCUGUUAACUGACACUAGUGACUUUGCUUUGGUCACAAUUAUCCAUCGUUCAUUGCAUUACCAGCUUUUAGGAGUUGGGUGUAGUGUCUAUGCUAUGUGACAUAGGUGUGGAUCAGAUAGAAAGUAAUCUCCCCAUGGUUUUCACAGCUUUUACAUCUGACUAUAAGUCAUUAACCACCUAAUUAGAAGAACAACUCAACAUUCUAUCAGAUUCACAAAACAAUCCUCAGACAUCAAACGUGACUCACUCUAUUUCAGCCCUGUGACAUUUUGUUAGUGUUUGUCAAUCCAAUUGACCUUCUACUGGAUGUCUCCUCAUUUUCUAAUGUAUGCCUGUCAUUAGCAGAUACAAGACAACUUACACUUACUUGUGCUCAUAUACCUGUUUAAAGAUUGUCAAUGCAUAUGUGAAUUUGUAACUGGACGAACACACAAAGUGACAAUGAUAACAGCCAUUAUGCUGCUGAUAAAUAUCCGAUUGUGUUUGGCCGUGACUGUUCAAGAGGAAAGUGAACAGUUCUUUUCUGCUAAGGUAUUUUGUAUUGGGUCUCUACACAUCAUGAGGGUCGGUAAAUAGCAGACAGAUGCAAGAAAAAUAUUUGUGAUGCACUGGUCAGGUAUUCUGCCACUACUGAUAAAGUCACCAAUCUGCCAGUUGGUUGAAACUGAAUAAUGCUGUUUACUCAGACCUUCUGCAAAACAUACUAAAUGAUCAGUCAGUGAACAGCCAUCUUCAACAGUAAGAUGUCUAGUAUUGCUCUGCAUAGAUAGUUAUGCAAAACUUACUACUACACGACCACGUUAGGCCAAGGACUGUAAAACUUCAGAGAGGAGUUGUGAAACCUUUAAAUCAGUUAAAAUCACCAAAACUGUACAUAUUUACAAAUCUAUACUAUGGACAGUCAAGUUUUUUCAUACAUUUGAACACAUUGCCUACUGCAGUAGUGUCACCUGGGUCAAAUUGUCCACAGAUUAAGCUGCUUCCAUUGUUUACCAAUGUAGAUAUAAGCUGACUAUCAUUGGUCACCAAGUAAUUGGUGCAUCACCACGAAAAAAAAGCACCUUAUUUGCCUGGUUUUACACUAACGCCUCUGUAUUGAAGACCUCGAUACAGAGGGGUUAGUGUUGAGGGCAGUGAACUGAUGCUCUCGGCAGAUAACUAGCCAGCACAGUGUUUUUCCCCAAGGGUACCCUUUGGCAUAAAAUAGCUCAUCAGAGCCAGGGUUCCCACCAUUGGUGUGACAUUCCUGAUAUGGCUGUGUUAUGAGUAUUCUGCUAACAGUUUGAUGCAUGAGUGCUCAUGACAGCCAUUUCAAACCAGUAAAUAAAUAUUACAUCCCUCUUCCCCUGUGUACGGAGGGCCAUGUACACUGGAUAGUGUACACAGGAUAGAACUGGCAAAAUCAUACGUUAUUAUGUAACUACGUAUUUCACAUUUUUAUUUAUUUAAAUUUGUAAUUGGGAAACUUGCCUGUGUCACAUGCAGAUUAGGAUAAGAAGCGGCAGUGCUGACCUGAAGAUGUAGCUUGGUUUGAGGUGCUUUGCAUCAGUGACACGGUGUUAUCUUUGUUAAGGUUGAUGGUGGAUUUUAUUUCCUAGCAGCAGUGAUCAGCGGCUCAGGUUAAUGUGACCUGAUCUGUCUAGAGGUUGCUGUGAGGUUAAAACUUAACUGAUCUGAAAUUACAUGCUUAGUUGUGAUAAAGGUGUAAGGCUAUCAGUAGCUUAUCUUGUGUUGGGUUUGUUUUGGUUUGGUGAAUGAACACAGUAUUCAGUGUGCACUCUUCACAUGGCCAAACCGAACUGGGACUCUCACUUUAAAAUUGGGGAAAAUAACAGUGAAUUUGAAGCUGGGGUUGUUGAAAUGGAUAAAUGAAACAGAUGACUGUGCUGAGAAGAGCAAACUAAAGGUUUAGGAGUCCUUAACUGUUUGUAUUUUGUUGAAGAAGGGGUUUUAACUUAAUUCUGCUAUAAUAAAUAGAUUUUUUGCUCUUGUAGCUAGGAGACUGUUUCCCAAUCCUUGGUCUUUUGAUAGACAAUGAGCAGAUGAUGUGUGCUGGUGAAGCAACCUCCCAGACUGCCUUUGGUUAUGAUUCUCACCCUUUGCUGCAGCACAGUACUAUAGUCAUUCCAGUCAAUUUACCUUGUACACAUUCCCUCGAUCAUUGGAUCAGUGUCAAAAUGUAAUUCAUUUUGCAAGAAUACAGCCACGUACUAUAGCCAAUGAUUUCUCUCUUUGCUUAUAUAGUAUUCCGUGCUUUAGGCCUUGCUUGUUGUGUAUAUUUGUCCACGCUAGAAACCAAGUGACCCUAACCCAGUCCCUUGAUAUUGUAACUGUCGUUCCAUUCUUUGCUGCUGAACAGUACCCAGUGUAAGUCACUUUAAAGCUGCAUUAAGUGAUUUCUUUGACCACUCGAGGCAGAAAGACUCUGAGCCUUUUCCUUAUUAUAUUUAAGUCACGUGUUAGCAAGCAAUUUUUAAUUGACCCACCCAGCAGCAACAGAUCUACAUGAGCAUUCCAGUAGAGUCUUUCUGGCCACCUUAUGAAUGUAAGCAAAUGUUGUUUUCAAGCCAAUCGUCUUUUGGGUUAAUCACAUGCUCUAUUUUCUUCACCAGCUACUUGUUUACUUUAGCUCUUUGCUAUUUUGCAUGAGGUUUGUAACGUGCAACUUGAAAUAGUUAUGUGCUGGUAGUUGCUGCCCAUGGUUUAUACUGUAUGUGCCAGCAUUGGUUUGGUUUUGUUGGUUCAGACAACUGAGAUAACCAAAUCGUUGAGGUAAAAGCAGCUGUGUAAAGGGGUGUUGAGUCUCAGAGAGAUCAUCAGCAUUCAUCACCCUUUAACAUAAUCAGGAAUUAUUUGAUUCAUUGUUAAUAUUAAAAAAGUAUUGCUUUAUGCAGCUUUAAUGCAGUACAGAUUGUUCUGUAUACGUGCCUAAAGAUGUAUUUUGUAGGAAAAGUGGAAAAAAAAAAAGAUGCUGAGAAGUAAUUACUGUUACAUGGACAUGCUGCACUUUUUAAAAAACUUUUUCCAACUACAUGAACAUACCUUGUAAUUAUUUAGGUUUAUCAAGGUACAUAUGAUUUCAUUUUCCAUGACUUUGAGAUAGGGUUUCCACUUAAACCAAUAAUAGGUCAAGUCAAUCAUUCAUCACAGUCAAACUGACUCCUAUGUUCAAGUGGGUUCAUGUUCUAUUAUCUGACAUCUACAUCAUAUCUGUAAGAUACGAGGAGACACCAGAUUUGUCUGAGUCUUGUGAUUUCCCUUUUUUUACCUAUAUGACCUGAGGAAUAACCGUAGGAAAACACAGCCUAGCCUUGUGAUUUCUUUAUAUUCAUUUUGAUAGCUCGAGUUUUUUGUGCUCCUUUGGAGCAUAGUGCCGUGAGGUAGUAGAUGAGGUUCAUAGGGUCUAAAUUAGUGCUGUAUUAUCAUUACAGUCUGGUGACAAACAACAAAACAACACUAUAUAUGAUGGGAAACAAAAUUCUGUGAUGACCUUAAAAUACAAUAGCUUUGUUGUUACUUUAUAAUGUGCAAGUUGGAAUAUUCUAUUAAAGUGGAGAUUACAGUAUUUGGUCAGAUGUUGCACAAAUAUUCAUUCCUUUGUUGGGCUUUUAUUUUGUAGAAGGUUAUGUAAUGUAUGUGUCUUGGUUCAGGGUUUCAAAAAUCCAAAAGCCAUUAAUUGAAUAUUUAAAACAAAUAAAUUGUUAAUAUGUGUCUGUAUUACACUGACCAAACUGACGUGUUUAGAAACUCAAAACUGUUCAAACAAGUUGUCCUACUUUGAAGUGCAUUGAUAGGGACUUUUAUUUUAGAGAGAUUAGUAAAAAGUUUAAUUAAAGGUCAACAUGUAUUUAUUUAUUAAAUUAUGUUUAUACCUUUACACAAUAUACUGUAUAUGGGUAUACUGUAUGUAAAGUGUGUGUAUGUUUUUAAACUGCUGUAUAGCCAAAAGAAAAUUCAGAAAAAAAAAAAAUCUGACAAAGGUGUGGCACACCCAUUUGUGUUAAAUCAACUAGGCUGCUAAUGAUUUAAGUAGGAGGCAGAGUGUGUUAAAUUACACAGUAUCUAUUUUUUUAUUUUGAAAUUUUGUCAAAGGUUAUGGUUUUGCUGUUGCUGCCAAUCCAAUAAAGAUAAAAAAAAUAGUAGACAUUGA